GGUGGGGGCUGCGGAGCUGCGAUGCGGACGGGGCAGCGGCGGUGACCGGAGCUGCCGCCCGACAUGAACUCGCUGGAGCAGGCGGAAGAUCUCAAGGCUUUUGAGAGGAGACUUACUGAAUAUAUUCAUUGUUUGCAACCUGCCACUGGACGUUGGAGAAUGCUUCUUAUAGUGGUAUCUGUCUGUACAGCUACUGGUGCCUGGAACUGGUUAAUAGAUCCUGAGACACAAAAGGUAUCCUUCUUCACAUCGUUAUGGAAUCAUCCGUUUUUCACCAUUAGCUGUAUCACUCUAAUAGGCUUGUUCUUUGCAGGAAUACACAAGAGAGUAGUUGCACCAUCAAUUAUAGCUGCUCGAUGCCGAACGAUAUUAGCAGAGUACAAUAUGUCUUGUGAUGAUACAGGAAAGCUAAUUUUGAAACCUAGGCCUCAUGUUCAAUGACAAUCUGCCCUCAUUGUUAUGGGACCUAAAACAGCCUUUCUUCAAAUAAGUGAUACAGCAAAAAGCCAUAAAGGAUUCCUUUUGCAGUUGGAUAUGUGAAGGUCAUAGCAGCAACUGACAAGAAAUGUGCAAUAUUUACCCAGAUUAUCUUGAUGAUGAUGACUUGCAUUAUCAGUGCUUUGGUACCUUUGAUUACCUGUGUUUCAGUAUUAGUGUCACUUUAGUACUUCAGAUCCUGCAAAGAUUUUUGCAGGUGAAGUAUGUAUGUGUAUUACUAAGUUAAACUUAGAAACAGAACCUCAUUCAGUUUUUAUAAUGUAUUUUUGCAAACUACUGUAAAUAGCAAAUCAAUGCCAAUGUUAAACAAAGAGGAAAAUGUUGUGUGGACUUUGUUCUCCUGCACCAGUAUUUCAGGAACAUCUGCUUGCCAUCCCCGCAGCUCUUUAAAACCGGCUAUUAUGUGUGCCUUUCAUUCUUACAUGUCUCUUAAUCGUACUUCAGGAAAAACAUUGGAUUCAGCUUAGACUGAGGAACACUCAUCUCCAUUAUGUUGUAAGAAAUUCUAGAUGUUUUGAGAAACAAUUUUUUGUUAAAAACCAGAUAUUGAAUUCCAGCAACUAUUGUGGUUAUGUUUUUCAGUUCAUUGCUUUCUUUUAAUGCUAGAUAUACUUGAUAUAUUUUUAAAUAAUUUUAAGAACACCCCCAAAGGGUUCUGAAUAUACAAUUUUAGUUAUAAAUUAUGUAUUGUCUGAGAAUUUGAUAGUCAUUGUUUUAGAUAAUUGGAUUUUAUGCUGUGGUUGACGUGCUGUUUACACAAGUUUUGCACAGGUGUAAUUGAUCAUCCUACUCCAUCACCAGGAUAACAUGGGAGCCACAAGCUAGAGUCUACAAUUCUCACUGUUUAGAGAGUGUUAAUGACAUACUGUGUAUGCAUAAUAGCCACAUGUACUAUAAUAGCCCUUAAAAUUAAACUAUUGGGAUUGCUGUAAAUAUUUUAAAAUACUGGAGGUGCCUUUUACCUGUUUAUUAGAAGAUUUUGAAAAGGUUUAAAUUAUUUCAUGAGCAAUCUUUUAAAUUUCAUUUAACAUAAAGCUGAAAAUUCAAUGAUAGGACACAGACUUUUUUACGAGGCUGCCAUUUAACUUAAAUGUGUUCAUCUUGGCUUUCACAUGUACAAAAUUUUAUUCUUUGAACUGCAGCAAUAAAACCCUCUGCUCCUAAGAAGUCUUAAGAGGGUGUUCUAUAUAUUCUGCUUUGUUUUAUUUUCUGUAAAUUUUUUUUGUAGAUAAAUA